UCUCGGCUUCGUGGCGUGGAGCGACCGCCGAGGCAACGGGAACAAGUGUGCCGCGGAACUACUACUCCCAGAGCAGCCCAGGCCUUCCAUCUCCGCCCCGCAGCGCUCUCAGGCGCCAAGCACUACAACUCCCGGCAUGCCGUGAAAUUGAUGGCCGAGCCUCUGGGGCGGUGUCCAGCCCUCCCACCCGCCCCGCUCUCCCGCUCCGUCCCCCCCGCUGCCCCCGCCGCGCGCGGAGCGGGGACGCGAGUCAUGGAGGAGACGCCGCCCCCGGGCUGCAGCAAGCCGCACCUGGAGAAGCUGACCCUGGGGAUCACCCGCAUCCUAGAAUCUUCCCCAGGUGUGACAGAGGUGACUAUCAUAGAGAAACCACCUGCUGAACGUCAUAUGAUUUCUUCAUGGGAACAAAAAAAUAACUGUGUGCUACCUGAGGAUGUGAAGAAUUUUUACCUGAUGACCAAUGGCUUCCACAUGACAUGGAGUGUGAAGCUGGAUGAGCACACCAUUCCAUUGGGCAGCAUGGCAAUUAAUAGCAUCGCAAAACUGACUCAACUCAACCAGUCUUCCGUGUAUUCACUCCCAAAUGCACCAACUCUGGCAGACCUGGAGGAUGAUGCACUUGAAGCCAGUGAGAACCAGCCAGAGAAGCCUCACUUUGAUUCUCGCAGUGUGAUAUUUGAGCUGGAUCCUUGCAAUGGGAAUGGGAAGGUUUGCCUUGUCUACAAAAGAGGGAAACCAGCGUUAGCCCAAGACGCUGAGAUCUGGUUCCUGGACAGAGCGUUAUACUGGCAUUUUCUCACCGAUUCCUUCACUGCUUACUAUCGGCUGCUCAUCACGCACCUGGGCCUGCCGCAGUGGCAGUACGCCUUCACCAGCUAUGGCAUUAGCCCACAGGCCAAGCAGUGGUUCAACAUGUAUAAACCCAUCACCUACAACACAGACCUACUUGCAGAAGAGACCAACUGCUUCGUGAACAAGCUGGAUCCCAGCAAAGUGUUCAAGAGCAAGAACAAGACCUUAAUCCCCAAAAAGAAAGGGCCAGUCCAGCCUGCAGGUGGCCAGAAAGGGCCCCUGGGUCCUCCCACCACCUCUAAAUCCUCUUCUAGCCCUGGAAACCCUGUCCGGAAAUGAGCACCCCAACCUCCCCGCCAGCCCUACAGCAACGAUUUCCAGGCACGGAUGGCCCAAGCCUCAGAUUCUGUGAGUGGCACCAUAGGCCUUUUCCCAUCUGCGUGAGCCAAGUCCUAGGCCCUUUACCCCCGUUGGCAUUAGCCAGGAGUUCAAGGGCAUACUCAGGUCUCCCCCAGAGUCCUUUCCUCAGCCCUUGCCUCUGAGAGCUGUGGAGAGUUUCAGAACUUGUUUAAGUAGUUAAAUAGAGCUGCUAAGAGUUUUCCUCUCUUUCCACCCCCAACCGUCUACACCCCGCAGCAGGGAUUAGAGAAAUCCCCUGAAGAAACCACUGAUUUUGACCCAUGAGGCAUUAGAACUGUGCUGUUCAGUUGGUAAUCACUAGCCAAAGGUGGCUGUAUAAAUAAAAAACUCAGUUUGUCAGUUGCAUUAGCCACAUUGUGAGUAUUCAUGUGGCUGGUAGCUUCUGUAUUCAACAGAGAUAAUGGAACAUUUCCAUCAUCACAGAAAGUUCUGUUGGGCAGCACUGCAUUAGAAUAUUUUCAUGCUGUCCUUACUCAGAUCAGUUCAGUUUUGUUAGGGAAUGUGGAUACCUUAAUUUGAUGGGUCAUAAUGUUCCAUGGAAAUUCUUGAAGGUACAGUUGUGUAUGUUCUUUUUAUUUUUCAUAACUCUCACUGGUCCUUUUCAGUUUCCUAUAAAGUUUGUUGUUUCCA